CCCCAAAUUCCACAACUCAAAGAAUUUUGUCUUCAAAGGCUGCAAUUGCAAGCAAGCAGCCCUUAUAAAUAGCCCCCAAAACCUCCACUGAUUAACAGAUCACAAACAAAACAUAGUUUUUGAGAUCGUCCAUGGCAGAAGUGAUCCUCCAUGUUUACGACUUAACCAAAAGAGACGGGCAAGACGCAGUAAAUUUCGGCGUAGUCCAAAUGAACAGGCUACUCAAAGACACCAUCUCUUUCGGCGGCAUGUUCCACACUGCCGUCCAAGUUUACGACAACGUUGAAUGGGCCUAUGGGUCCUGUGUGAUAGGCAGCGGGGUUUUCAGUUGCCCCGCUACCAAAAACCCCAAUUACACGCAUCGCGAAAAGAUUGUAUUGGGCAGAACAGAGUGCUCUGCCCACAAAGUCAAUCAGAUCUUAAAAGAUCUUCGCGAUGCAUGGCCUGGUAGCAAAUACAAUAUGGUGUCAAGGAACUCAAAGCAUUUCUGCGAUGAGUUCCUUGAGAAAUUAGGGGUCCCAAAACUACCGAAUUGGGCAAACAGAUUUGCUAACAUUGGGGAUUUAGCAAAGGACGCAGCAGGGAUAGCAGUUCAAGCUAAAGAGAAAGCGUCUAAACUUGUGUUUCAUCCGGUUGAUUUUGCUCUCAACAUGACCACUGCUAAUAAAAACACUAAAGCAAUAUAUAACCCUACUCAUGAGUUCAGGUUCCGCUUUAAUUUUGCUGUUAAUAAUUUUAAGGUCGCUGCACCGGUUAUCCGCUCCGAUCGAUGAAAAGCCAUGCCUCAAUCAAUUAAAACUACCAUAAGAAGAAUCUAAGAUGUAGUUUGGUUUGUCUCAAAAUAAUGUAUUUAGCUAAAUGUAAUUGUGUCUACUAUGUUUGUAUAAAUAGAAGAGUGCUUUAUAUUUUUAAAUCAAAUACUUGCACCCUUUA